AUGUCGGCUCAUCCUAUCCUAGAGCUGUAUAAGGGUUAUAACUCUACUAUAUGCUGGAAAUCCCUUAGAGCCUCGAGUACCUCUCUUUUUCCAAAGGAGGUGAGAAUCUCCGAGGAUUGGGCAAUCAGCAGGAAACCAAAAGCGAAUCUCGCUGAGGUUAAUUUUAUUCAACUUAAAUUAGAAAUGCUCAACUUUGCAAUUUUAAACAAAGCAAGGAGAGUCUUCAAUGGGAUGUACUUAUUUUCAAUAAAAGGUCUAGAUUUUAUUAUGUGGCAGGCAGUUUUGGAUAUGAUGAAUCGGAAGGAUCACCUUAAGGUGGGAGGUAUUGAAUUAAAGAUACGAGAGUUACAACGCCACAACCGGGCCUUUAUUCACCCUAUUGUUUUAAAUGCAAUGAUGCACCUCAGACCGGACUUGGGAGAACGUUUACGGGACAGAGAUAUAGUCCAAACUCCUACCUCCGAUCUUUCUUUAAAAAACUCCCUAUGGGAUAAGGAGGUUACCUGA